GCUGUAGAAAACAUACACUGGGACCGUCGCCCGACCAUUCAACGAUAAGUUUGGCAUCGGUGCGUCAGGGGUGCACAUCGUUGCGAUUCCAAUUGGCGGUUCGUCUUAACGGUUUACGACAGUCAUCAGUUUCAUUAGUUACUAGAGUGUCUUCUGAGCCGGGGGCGCGUACCAAGUAG